AUGCCUGUACAACCUACAAGUGAGGAAGUACGGGAAUAUGAGAAAAUUCUGAAAAUAAGUGACGAUAUUUUCUCUGGAGCUCACCCUAGAUUGAAGGUACCCCAGCAAUUUGUGCGCAAACCAGCAUCCCGAAAUCCCCCUUCCGCACCCCAGGUAAAAUCCUCCGGAGGCGUGUCCGGGUCCUCACCAGCCAAUCUUCCCCCGUCGGUGUCGUCUCCGAACCGGGUCGCGACCUCGCAGAAUGCACAGGCGAACCAUGCCGCCGUGAGCGCCAACGCAGCGGCGCGUAUCGUUCCCAAGCCCACCUCAGAGAUAGACCCGAUCUUCCUGACGAAGUCGGAUGAUCUAGUCCGGGCAGAACUACAGUUACAUCGACAGCGAGUGGAAAGGGCAUUGCGCGAACAACUGGAGCAGAAGAGGCAGGAGUCGAAACAGAAGGCCUGGGUGCAGGACACGAAGCCAGACUUCGAUGUUUCCGAGGUGUUGAAUAAGGCUUUUGAGAUGGUCAAACCAUCUCCCUCUGUGGAUGGUCCCGGGGCAGGAGAACCUAGCGACUCGUUCGAUGACAACUCGUUCUAUUCUAGUAGAGCUCCUGACUCUCCGCAGCAUGGCGACUCUCAACAGCAGCAGCCGUCCCCGGCGCCUCCCUCUACUCGGGGCGGGUUGGCGACGGCGGCCGCCCAAGAGAACUUUUCAGAUGAGUUGCAACGGCUGGAAGCCCUCAACCGCACUGAAUCGGAUCAGGAAUUGCAGAAUACUUACCCCGUUGCAGACCAGCGAUUGCCCUAUCCUCCGCGGCGGUCACGUCAUGUGGAGCCAGAUCAUGAAGCCAGUGAUUAUUAUGAGCCUGCGCCCCCUUCAGAUGCUCUGGAAGAGCCCGAGUAUUCCCCUCCUGCUCCGGGUGUGCCCCCAAUGGCGAGAGUUGAUGGAUCCGCCGGACACAAACGACGACCGGUGGAAGGUCGAGCCCCCGAUCGUCCCCGUUAUGUCCGCCGAUCGGUAUCGGCUGGGGACGAUGUAAGAAUCGUUCGGAAUCAUAUAACAUCGCCGGCAGCGCCUCAGCCCUCUAGAGUCUCUCCCUUGGCUGUUACUAAAGUUCCCUCAGUCCGUCAGCCUCGAGAGAUUCGUUCGGAAUAUGAGUCGGAACGCCAGGGUAGUCCGGAUACAGCUCCCCAGCAGCUGAUGCCUCGGAAGCGUAGGAGGGUGCAUGACGAGAGAGAUCGAGCCCACCCUGCCUCAUACAGAAUGCAAGGUACUGGUCUUGAUGAGCCCUAUAUCAAAGAGGAACCAGUUUCACCUCCACCUUUUGCAGACGAUCCGCAGACAUCCCGCAGCCGUCAGCCUCAAGAGCGGCCAAUCUACAUUGACAUCGCAUCCCCACGCUAUACCCCUGUGGUGGAGCGGAGAGAGCCGCCGGUCAGGUCGUACGACCUAGAUCCCUACGAGUACCCGGUGGAGACCGGAAUACCACGCACUGUCUCUCGACUUAGCGUCCGACGCCCAGCCCGCGAUGACCAAGACUUGCGGAGGGUCGCAAGCCUCCAUCAAGCUCGUCAGUCCGAAUAUCCGCGGGAACUCAUCGAACAGACCAGCCCCCACUCCGUACGAGCCGGAUCUUACGCGUACGUGGAGCGGCCACCGCAAGAGAGAGUUCGGUACUACGAAGAGCUCCCGCCCCCUCCUGCAACCAGACGCUAUAUACCUGCCGGCGAAUCACCGCCAUCACCCCGAUACAGAAAAGCAUACUAUGAUGAAGCUCCCAGUCGGAUGAUGGCUCCUCCACCGCGAAGGAUUGUGGUUGACGAUCAGGGCAAUGAAUACUAUGAAGCCGUGCCUGCGCCGCGGAUACAGAUGAUGCCUCCUCCAACCGGGCGGGUCCCGGUGCCCCGGACGGAGGUGUACGACGAUCCCGGGCCGAUACGUCAUGCAAGUGUACGGGCUGCAUCAGUACUCGAGGACCCUUACGGCACGCGACAUGUCGUGCAGGAAGUUCCCCCGCAGACCUAUCGGCGGGUCACUGACUACGCUCGGCCGAUCCCGAGCGAACGGCGAUCUUAUGCCGCAUCUGUGGCAGAGCCGUUUCCGCGUAGCAGCAGCGUGCAGGUUGCCGGCUACCCUGCACGACAACCCACCUAUGUGGAAGAAGCGGAGUAUCCGCGGGAACGUCUUGUGCGGAUGCCGAGCACGCGGCCUCCCGACGAGGCGCCCUAUCCUCAUCUUGUGCGAGUACCCAGCGUGCGGCCUGCCGACGAUGCGAACUAUCCCCGGGAGCAUGUUGUGCGGAUGCCAAGCACCCGGCCUCCGGACGAAGCCUAUCCCCAUCUGGUGCGAAUGCCCAGUGCUCGACCACAGACGGCCCGAUACGAGGAGCCACGCGAGGUGGUCCAGCGAGUGGAGAGCGUGCGGCCUGGAGGUCACGAGCGCGGCCGUUGCCAAGAGAAGAACAUUAUUAUGACCCCGGCGAAGCUGAGCGGAUGGUGCUGGAUGAUGGAGUCCGCCGAGUCUCGCAACGCUAUUAAGACAGGUGUGGUAGCAGCUACACGUUUUCACAGGGCAGAUAGUGUUGUCUCGCAUCAGAAAUACCACUACAGUUUAGAAAACGGUGUCAAUGACAUGAUGUAUUCCAAAACACAAUGGCUUUUCAUCCUUUGCGAGUGGUGA